UUUCAAAAAGGUCGCAUCGUUUCUCUCGAAAAGCCAGAAAUGUUUCAGGUGACCGGUACGGCCGCUCCGGCGAAUCCGACAACGUCUUUGAUGUUUCACAAUUCAUGGAGAAGACCUCGUAUCCUUCCUCUCCGGAGCUCAAAGACCUUCAAGCCUCUCGCAUUUCUCGAUCUCAAAGGAGGCAAAGGAAUGAGUGGGUUUCAUGAGGUUGAACUCAAAGUUCGUGAUUAUGAAUUGGAUCAGUUUGGUGUUGUGAACAAUGCUGUUUACGCAAAUUACUGCCAACACGGUCGGCACGAGUUUCUGGAGAGUAUGGGUAUCAACUGUGACGAAGUAGCUCGUUCUGGUGAAGCUUUAGCAAUUUCAGAGUUGACAAUGAAGUUCCUUGCACCUUUACGUAGUGGAGACAAAUUUGUUGUGAAAGCGAGGAUAUCGGGAACAUCUGCUGCGCGUAUUUACUUCGAUCAUUUCAUCUUUAAACUUCCAAAUCAAGAGCCUGUACUGGAAGCGAAAGGAACAGCUGUGUGGCUUGACAAGAAGUAUCGUCCUGUUCGUAUCCCAUCUCAUAUACGCUCUAAAUUUGUUCACUUCCUACGUGAAGACGACGCCGUGUGAUUGACCUCACCUCAUUAGCCCAAUUAAAUCUACUUAAUGGGCUUGUAAUUAGCUCAUAUAUGCUAUAAAUAUAAAAAUAUGUUAUAUUCGGAUAAUGCAAAUUCCAACAUUGGAUUUCUCCC